AUGAGGGAUAAUCGUCAAAGUAGAGGAGUGCAUUUGCUUCAGAAAUACAGGUAUAUGUCUUCAUCUUGUAAAGUCAUUGAUGUUGAUAGUGUUUCACUCUCUUCCUCCCAAGCUCCCUUCUCUGCCAGUCAAGGCCCCGAAGAUUUGAACUUUGCUGAUGACAGUCAAGCAAGUCGUAAAGAAAGAAGAGCGUGGACGCCUACUGACGAUGUUGUUUUCAUCAGCUCGUCGCUUAACACGAGCAAAGAUGUCGUAGUUGGGACUGAGCAAAAGUCGCUUGCAUUCUGGAAAAGAAUUGCGGCGUACUACAAUGUCAGUCCUAAGCUUGCUGGCUCUGAAAAGAGAGAGGCAACUCACUGCAAGAAUCGUUGGCAGAAGAUCAAUGACAUCGUAUGCAAGUUUUGUGGAGCUUAUGAUGCUGCGAGCAGGGAGAAAACCAGUGGACAAAACGAGAAUGAUGUGUGGAGUGAGUUGUCUACGGCUAAAGCUGAGGGAAGCUCUAAAAAGAGGAAGAGUGUGGAUAUUUCUCAGUCUGGAAGCUCUAAAGCAACUGAAGUAGAUUCUGGUGGCGAUGAUGAAGCAACAACUCGUCCCCCGGGAGUUAAGACCGCGAAAGCGCAUUCUAGGAAGCCACUGGUUGAUGGAAAGGAGCUGGGUGAUUUUCAGACAAUGUGGAGCAUGAAGAAGGCGGAUUUGGCUUUGAAAGAAAGGUUGUCUAAGAUCAAGCUACUAGAGGCUCUCAUUGCUAGACAAGGAACACUCGCGGAUUAUGAAGAAGAUUUGAAGAAGAGACUCAUUAAUGAGUUGAUGCCUAAUUAG